GGGUGAACACAGAGCCCCAGUCUCAGUCUCUAUUGUGAGAAAGAAGAGCGAGAUUUUUGCAGCGACACACAACCCGUCGUCGAGUCGAUUUCGAGUCGUACCCAAAUCAGGGAAAAAAGAAAAAAACAUGGAGGAGGACAUGGACGAGGGACAGAGCCAGAAAGGAUGCAUGGAGUGCUGUCUGAAGUGUCUGCGUGGGAUCCCAUACCCGUCUCUGAUCGCCACCAUCCUGCUGUACGCGGGUGUGGCUCUGUUCUGUGGCUGUGGUCAUGAGGCUCUCUCCGGCACCGUCACAAUCCUACAAAACUACUUUGAAAUGGUCAGGACUUCUACAGACUCGCUGGACGUCUUCACCAUGAUCGACAUCAUCAAGUACGUGAUCUACGGCAUCGCCUCGGCUUUCUUCGUCUACGGGAUCCUGCUGAUGGUCGAGGGUUUCUUUACAAGUGGAGCCAUUAAAGAUCUGUACGGAGAUUUUAAGAUCACCGCCUGCGGCCGCUGUGUUAGCGCAUGGUUCAUCAUGCUGACCUAUAUCUUCAUGCUGGCCUGGCUCGGAGUGACGGCCUUCACCGCUCUGCCCGUUUUCGUCUACUUCAACAUCUGGACUAUUUGCAAGAACACCACUAUACUGGAGGGGAAGAACCUGUGUCUGGACCCACGCCAAUUCGGUGUUGUGACUAUCGGAGAGGAGAAGACUCUGUGUACAAAUUCUGAGUACUUCUCCAAAAUGUGUGCAUCUAAAGAGCUGGAUAUGACCUUUCACCUGUUUGUGUGUGCGCUGGCCGGAGCCGGAGCCGCCGUCAUCGCCAUGAUCCACUACCUGAUGGUCCUGUCGGCUAACUGGGCCUACGUGAAGGACGCGUGCAAGAUGCAGAAAUACGAAGACUGCAAGUCCAAAGAGGAGCAGGAGCUACACGACAUCCACUCCACACGCUCCAAAGAGCGACUCAACGCCUACACAUAAAGCAGGAAGUAGCACAGGAGGGGGCGGAGCCUCGGGCACUGGCUGGUGCCGUCUAAUGACCAAUGGUGUGUCACAUGACCAACCCCAUGGCCAACCCUAUGAUUAUGAUUAAUAUUAUUAUUAUUACUACAGUUCUGUCUAACUAGUGGUGGAUUAUUUUUUAAUUUUUAUUUUAAUGUACGCUCACAUGAUUAUAACAAUUUCCUUUCCCUUUUUUUAAGACAUCAGUAUUAACGGUAUCUCAGUGCGUUGUGAUCUAACAGCUCGCUCUAGGGCGUAAAAAGCACAGUAUUUUCACGUGUUUGUGUUUCAGCGCUUUCAUUUUUAAAGAAAUUCACACAUUAAUGAAAAGAAAAAGGUUCUGUUUGUAUGUUUGUUUGUGUAUUUGUUUGUUUUUUAAAUCUUUGGCCCAGAAGCAUCAGCAGAUUGCUUGUACAUUCUGCAUUAUUUUGGAAAAAAAAAGAGUCAAAAAAGAGAAAAAAGAAAGACAAAAUUAGUAAGAAAUGAUGUAACAUAAAGGGUUUAUUUAUUAUUUUUCUACAGAUAUCAUUACAAAACGUAUCCAGACAAAAAAAGGUUAUAAGUUGUUUACUCGCAGUCGCACAGCCGCAGUGUUUUCACCCCUCCUUUAUUUCCCUACAGAUUUCUAGCACAGUAGAGCUGAAGGAUUUUUUUAUUUUAUUUUUUUGAGUCCAUUUUUCCUUAAUUUUUUAUUUUAAUUUUUGUAUAUAGUCAUUCUGUAAAUGUCCACACGUACUGUAUGGAAGCACUUCGAUUUCAGGUGAAUUCAUUUACAACCACAUUCCAUGUUCUGGGGAAAAAUGGGGAGAUGAGUGGAGGAAGAGGAGGAAGAGGGGAGUGUUCAAGGAAAAAAAUAGAAAGAAAAAUAGAAAAAAUGGUGUUUGUGGGAUUUUUAAAGACAGCAAACGUAAAUAUUCUCUGCUAUAAUGAUGUCACAGAUGUACGUGUUAGAGCCUUAAAUAGGAGACACCACCAUGGCACCUACUGCCCCCCCCUUAUUUAUUUCGUCAAAAAGCCAGUGAAAUAUCUGCAAAUAUUUUUGUUGAAAAUGUUCAAUAAAUAAAUAAAUGAAUAAAUAAUUAAAUCGUUCAUUUGUUUCAGAUACGAGCCACUAGCUGAGAUUUGAAGGUCCCUUUGAGUGACUCCUAAACUAUUAAAAAAAUAAUGUUAAAAGCACAGAGAAAAUUUUUUAUUUUUUUAAAAUCUGAUUUCAAUAUAUUUAAUUUCUUUUUUUUUGUCUAAUCUAGUUCGACUUUAUGGAGAAAAUCGUCUAGCGAACAGUGACAAUUAAUUAUUUAAUUAACGACUUUUAAAAACAACAAAAAAUUUAUCCACAAUUCAGGUCUCGCUGCACUGCGAAUCACAAUGACAGCAUUUUUUAUUUCACCGAUUUUGGGGGGGGGGGAUUAUUAUUAUGUAAUAAUAAUACUUAUGUAAUUUUUUAAAAUUUAAACUUUGAAGCUAAAAAAAUAAGAAAAAAGGGGAAUUUAAAAAAUAAAAACAUAAAUAAAUAAAUUGUUAAAUCUUGAGUGCUGAGGUAAAAGAGUUAUUUAGUAAACUCACCUCACAUUAAUGCGCUUCAAAAAAAUGUCAUGAUUUUGUUGAUUUUUUUAAAAAAAAUAUAUGAAUUAAUUUAAAAAAUCAAUUAAAUCACUUAAUUAAAGAAAUGAAUUAAUUUUUUUUAAAAAGCAACAAAAUGAUGAUGCUAUGUCAAAACAAAUUUUGUUUUUUUUGUUGUAAAUUCAUUUUUUGAAAAUAAUCAAUUAAAUCAAUUGAUUUAAAAAAAUAAUUAUUAAUUAUUAUAAAAAAAAAUCAACAAAAUGAUUAUGUUGUAUGACAAAAUUAAUUUUUAAAUGAAUUGAUUUGUGAACGAUCCUCUCUAUUCUGAAAAUUUAAAACCAACAGAAAACCUCUCAGAGACGUGUGUAAAUUAGUUGCACGUUAAUUUUUGCUGAGAUUUUUGCAUUAUUUAAAAGAAAACCUGUGUGUUUUGGACGACAUCAUCAUCAUCUAUCUGAAGCUCUGGCACGUACAUCUGCGAUAGCGCUGUUAUUACCUGCGACGGUCACAUGACAGCCGUCCAGUCGACAGUGGGUACAGCCCCGGGGGACGGACGGGGGGCGUGUUCUCAUCCUUUCAUCCGCUCUGUUGGUGUUUAAGAGUUUUUCGUGCACUUCUUCGCCCAUUCUCGUGAGCUCUUUCUCAGUGUAAGUGCAUUGGGAUCUUUAUCCAGAUCCCCAUAAUGAUGUUAGGUGAAGACUGUGAACCUCGGUGUUAAUUGUGGCAUGGUUCAUGCAUUUAAUGGUUACUCGUUUUUAACGGAUCCAAAAUAAAAAGAGAAAAAAAAAAUAAAAAAAAUAAACAUUUCUUUUUCUGAGUUGGUAAAAAGUUGCGAGUGUGUCGCUGGCUCAUUCUCUUCUCUCCUGAUGUGCAGUGAUGAUCCUCUUCCACCGCUUUGCUCUUGAUGGUAGUGUUUGAUUUGUUUGUAAGUGUGUUUAGUUUGUGGUGAAGUCUCUCUCUCUCUCUCUCUCUUCCUGCAUUCGUCUUUUGUACACUCCCUGAAGAAUGCCUAGUAGCCCACGCUGUACCAUGACUCUGUUUUGUACAUAAAUGUGCCGCCCGCUUGACAGUGGCUUUUCUGAUAUGCUUGCGUGAAAUUCAAUAAAUACCCUGGUGUAAUUGGUAAUAAA